UGUACUCGACAUCUUAAAGCGAAAACUUCAAAAUAAAUAAAUGUUAAAUGACAGUAAAAUUAUGGGGACAACCAAAUACUGCAGAUGUACCAGGAAUCCAUGGAGAACCAACAGUCUCGCCGAUAGGAGUAUAUAAGAAAACUGAACCAAGCGAUCAUGAAGAGAAAUGAAGCCGUUGCGGAAUAAUGUUACCCAAGUAGACUGAUAAAUCAAGACAAAUUUAUUUUUUUAAUCAUUUAUUGUGAUAUGGCAAGUAUUGUAGAAUAAAUAUCUUUGAAACGUAG